AUGGCAGAAAAAACCAACGCUUUAAGCGAACAGGAUUGUGAACUUAUCAAUCAGAUAACCAAUGAAUUUAAAAAAUAUUUUCAUUCUGUAAAUUUUCGCCAUAGAAAAAACUACAAUGCAACAUUUCAGUGCUUAGAUAAGCUCUCACCCGCGGUCGAUCCAUUAAGAGUAGCACAUAACAAAGCUGUUUGUGAAUUCCUCAAUAGUGAUUUGAAGAAAUGUGAACAAUUUAGAAAUGCUUUAACUUCUCUUCAAAAUCCGGAUCUUACAUUAAGUGUUGUCGACAUAAAAUAUGCAAAUCUUUGUCCAAUCUAUUAUAAUCAAGCUGUUCUACUGUUUCAUAUGAAGCAACCAUAUUCGGCAUUAAAAAUUAUGAAAGGAAUUUUGCAACACAUCGAUCAAUUAGAGAAUCGUUUUCUGCAGAAAGUUGGGCUGCUAACUGCUUGUCUCUUGUUGGACACAAAUCAAGCAAAGAAAGCCGAUCAACUCAUUGACAUGCUUCAAACAAGAUUGGAUAUAAAUAAUGAUGAUAUUUUGAUGCCUGAUGAUCUUGUCGAGCCUGAAUUAGAGAAAGCAAAAGAAACUCUCGAUGAAGAAGAAGAAAUCUUCAGAAAUCUUUUCCGAUUAGUGCUCAUCAGAUCGUAUUUGUUGAACGGUAAAAAUGCUAUCAUUCCACUCGAAGAAACAUCAAAUUUCUCAAUUCUCAAAGCUCAUCAAUUCUUUCUUGGCAAUGAUUUUCAAAUGGCAUCACGAGAACUUGCAAAGCAAUUUAAAAAUGAGUUGAUAACAGUUCCAAAAAAUGGCGAAGAUCAAAAUGUUUGUAUUGCAAACAAUAUGGGAUUGAUACAUUUCAGUGUGAAACAUUAUGCAUUAGCAGUGAGAUUCUUUCAACAAGCAUUAAUCUUCGAUCAGAAGGCAAUCGAAUCUGUUAAGAAAGAGCAUGGGAAUCAACUUCCAAUGCAUUGCAUUGGAGCAACAAAGCGACAAGAUAUUCUUUAUAAUCUUGGAAUUGCUUUGUUGUAUUUACAACGUCCUAAAGAUGCUUUCGAUUGUCUUCUUGUUCCUCUCAAUAUUUACCAUAAAAAUCCGAAAUUAUGGUUGCGUUUAGCUGAAGCUUGCAUCAUGGUUCACAAACAACAUCUAAAAGAACAAGAAUCGCAAAAUAAAAAUAUCGUUUCAUCCAUUAUUGGAAGUGGAAUGCAUCGGAAAUUUAUCAUCACACCAACUCCCCAAAAAUAUGUGAAUGACGAGCCAGGAUCGUCAGCAAUUCCAAGUCCAAAUCUUGAAUUUGCUUCACUUUGUUUAAGAAAUGCUUUGACACUUAUUAAUUACUACUCGCAAUUAGCAAAUGGUUUUGAUAGUGACAAACAAGGCACAAGCAACAUUAAAAAUGAAACUUUCACAAUGUUUGGCAAUAAUUGGAAUAAAGUUAACGAAAGUAUUCUUUGCAAUCCAUCGAAACCAUUGACAAAGACGGCGAUCGAUAAAUUGAAGAUUCACAUUUUAACAGCUUCAAGUUACGUCGCUCUUACACUCGGCGAUUACACUUUAGCAUUGCAACACUCAUAA